CUCGUUCUGCCUGUGGCCCGGGGACACGAGGUGAAGCCGAGCUCGGCUCAGAGCAGCAGACACAUUUCAGAGGAGCUCGCUGUCGUCUGAUGGCUGACGAGCACACGGGCGCAGACGUCUGGAGCGACAAACCAAACAUCUACUCUGUGAAGGGAUGUUCUGACGGGUCCAAACACCAGAACCUGUGGCCGAGACCUUUGGCUCGGAGAUGGAUCCUGAUGCUGUUCCUCGGCACCUGCCUGCUGUACUGUGCCCGGAUGGCCGUGCCCAUCUGUGCCGUGUCAAUGGCCGCGGCUUUUCAGUGGAACAAGAUCGACUCUGGACUGGUUCUGGGCGGAUUCUUCUGGGGCUACUGCUUCACUCAGAUCCUGGGGGGACACGCCAGUGACAAAGUGGGAGGAGAGCGCGUCCUGCUCGUCUCUGUCGCCACGUGGGCUCUGAUCACAGCGCUGACGCCUCUGGUGGCUCAGCUCGGAUCCCACACCCUCGCCCUCAUGACCACGGCCCGGUUCCUCAUGGGCCUGCUGCAAGGUGUUUUCUUUCCAUCUCUGGCAAGUAUCUGUGCUCAGCGCGUCGUGGAAGGAGAGCGAGGCUUUUUAAUGAGCACCAUGCACAGUGCUACCUAUCUUGGGACGCUGAUGGCAGGUGGGAUGGGUUCCAUUAUGCUGGACCGGUACGGCUGGGAGAGCAUGUUCUACUUCACAGGCUUCCUGUCGUGGCUGUGGGCUCUGCUGGUCUGGCAGUGUUUUUUAAAAGGUGAAGUGUCCCCCCGCCAGCUGGAGAGUCUCAGUGGAGACAGUAACUUCUCCCAGUGGAACUUGUCUCACUGGAUCAGACUGCUUCAGAAGCCGCCGGUCUGGGCGAUGGUCUUUGCUCACAUGUGCACCGCCAGCACGUCCAACACGUUACUGUCAUGGCUGCCGACGUACUUCAAGGAGUCCUUCCCCGACGCUACGGGUUCCGUCUACAACGUGAUCCCGUGGCUUGUUGCGAUUCCUUCAGCGCUCGGUGGAGGAUACAUGUCCGACUACCUCAAAAAACAUGGAGGAUAUGAACUAUCGACUGUGAGAAAGAUAAUGCAGCUGUUGGCGAUGGGCGGGUCCAGUCUGUUCAUCAUGCUUCUGUCCGGAGGAGCGUUCACUUCGUUCACCUCUGCAGUGACGUUUGUUUCCGUCGCGGUGGGUUUGUCCACCUUCACUAGCUGCGGCGUCUCGGUGAACGUCCAUGAUCUGGCUCCGUCGUGUGCUGGAGCUCUGUACGGUUUCAUGAACAUGUUGGGAGCUUUCAUGGGUCUGUUGCUGGUCUCGUUGUCGGGGUACCUGAUCGAGGUCACUCUGUCGUGGACGUCCAUGUUCUCCCUCGUCAGCCUCGUCAACACCUCGGGUCUCGUGAUCUUCGUCUUGUUCGGAGACGCUCGGCGCGUCGACCUGGACGCCUCCAGCUCCAUCACCGUCGUCUGAACCACACUUUGAUUUAUGAAAGACGUUGACUCUGGAAAACGAAGGAACGUGAAUAUUGCAGGCAUGUUUUUGUUCUGUUGUCUGUGGAGAAACGUCUGCUGGAUGUGAACUGAAUCCUACAAAUGUUGUUAACUGUAUAGUAUUUAAUGAAGAGCCUUUGAUUUCCAUAGUCAAAUAUUCACUUCAUGUCAGCUGCAGGUCACAUGACGUUAACAAUAAUUCAGUGUCACGUAUUUGAUGUGAUGCUGAGAUCCAGUUCAGUUCAUACAACUGAAAUAAAUAAAAGUUCAGUUUGUGUCGAUAGUUAAAACUGUAAAAACUAAAUCAGACUCAUCUUGAAACUCUAAAUAUUAUUAUUUUAAAAUGAAUAAUUAAAAAUGGAAAUUAUUUAAUGAUUUUAAACCUUUCAGGAAUAUGGUGUUAAAACAAGUGUUGUGUUGAAACAAAAACUACAGACUCAUUUUCACAUUUUCACAAAAAUAAUAAUUUCUCUUAAAAAUGAAACGGGUUAAAUUUCAUGGUUCAAAUCAAACCUGUAACGUUCAGGAUGUGAAGCCCUGAUUGUUUACAAAAUCAAUAAUAAAUAUAACAAUAAAAAUACAAACAACAGA